AUGAUGAUCCCCAGCGUGCUCGCCCCCGCGGCCCUGUACCCGGGGCUGUACCGGCCCAACGCGGGCGCGCUCCCGCAGCUGCCGCACGCGUUUCCGCCGCAGAGGAGUUUCCUGGUGGAGGAUCUGCUGCGCAUCGGCCGCUCCGGAACAGCCGCGCCCGCGUUCACGAGCCGCUCACCGGGCGCGCUCCCGACCAGCCCCGCGUCCCUCCGGCAGCCAGAAUCUGAAUCCAAAACCUCCGGAGGUAAAGACUCGUCCUUCCUCAAGUUUGGAGUCAGUGCGAUUCUCGCCCCGUCUCCUAAAGCAGUGUCUCCUCCUCCGUCUCUGCAUGUUCCAAAGUCGUUCCCGUUGCCGUGUUUCGACGCCGGUUUCCACCCACUGUUCAGAACUCCAUACCUGCCAGCGUCGUCUCCGGUGGUGCCGAUGCCCGGGACGUUCUCGUGGCCGCUGCUGUCGCGGGGGAAGCCGCGGCGGGGGAUGCUCCGACGCGCCGUCUUCUCCGACGUCCAGAGAAAAGCCCUGGAGAAGAUGUUCCAGAAGCAGAAGUACAUCUCCAAACCCGACCGCAAGAAGCUCGCCGCCAAACUGGGGCUGAAGGACUCGCAGGUGAAGAUCUGGUUCCAGAAUCGCAGGAUGAAGUGGAGGAACUCGAAGGAGCGCGAGCUUCUGUCGUCCGGAGGCUGCCGCGAGCAAACCCUGCCCACCAAAUCCAACCCCCACCCCGACCUGAGCGACGUGCACGGCUCCAGGGCCGAGGACGAGGAGGAGAACGACGAGGACUUCCUGGAGAGUCACAUGACGCUGGCGGGCUCCUCCCCCUCGGCGUCGUCCAAACACUCGGACUCGGACUCGGACGACGAGAUCACGGUUUCGUAA